AUGGAGAAGGAGAAGGAGAAGGACGUCCACACCGCGGGUGCCAGGCCCGUCCGCGGCAUCAUCCACGUUGAUAACGACAUGUUCAUGGGCGGCGGUGAAUCAGAUGGCCUGCUACCCCAGGCCCAGUUACAGCCUUGGUUAGAGGCGCCUCUCAACCGACGCGACAACGCCGGAGAGACUGCUUUCCAUGCGGCGGUGCGAACAGGCCAGACAGGGGCGUACACGUCUACUUCCUUUGCGACGGCUGUGCCGAAGCCAACAGCCGAAGCUCUCGUGGCCCGCAACCCCAGAGACCACAUCCCGGGGCCCGACUCGUUUCUGGAGGGCAUCCAGGGCAAGUACUGGACUAUCACCAGCGAGCAGCGUCUGCGCCCAGGUCCAAGGAAUGCGGACGGCAAUGAGAAUGAUAUGGUAAGAGUCGCGGCAUCAAGCGUCAACGCAAUAGCAUCGCUGCCGACGACGAUGACGACGAUGAGAAGGGAGAAUGAUUCUACCCCGGUUGUCUGCAUGGCCAUCCGCGAUGAAGCUGGCUUGACCAUGGUCCAUUAUGCGGCCAACCGAGGCGAUGCCGCGAUGCUUGACCGCAUCUUGGCCCACUUCAACAUAUACCGUGCAGACCUCAUCAAGUCGUUCGUCAGCAUGAAGCAGCGUGAUGGAGGUAACCGCGAGCGCCGCAAAAUCGAGAUUAAGUUUAUUAGCGACAAGUUGCGUCGCCACAUUACCUUCUCAAGGCGCAAGGCCGAAUCAUGA